AUGGUCCGCAGUGGUGAACUGUUUAAGUAUAUGCUCUCCAUCAUGAAUAAGGCACUUGAAGUACUCAGCCCCCAGCUAUUGAUUGGAUACGACGUCGGAUGCAAGCUUGCUACCACCGUCAAGUCAACCACCCUCGCUACCAAGUUCAAUGAAUCUAACAGCCGCUUGUGCAUUGAUGCAUUCCACGGGUACACACAUAACUACACGUGCCAGGAUAGAAACCAUCCAAACAUCAUUCAAGGAAUGGGACUGGAGGACUUUUCUACAAUGGAGAGAAUAUUCAGCUCAUCUAACCAACUCGCCCCUUGGGAUGAGGACAAGUACAUGAAUAUCGGCAACAUGCUGUACAACAACUAUCGUCAAGCCCAUGGCAUCAUUGAACGCGAGACUAUUGAAUUUGAGCAUGCCAAAUUGUCCCUUGGCAUCACGGAUGCGAGCAUUGAGGAAUGGCAGAAGCAGCAGUUGGUAUACCUUGAAACCCUUGGCAAAGAAGCUGAGUGGGACGUGCAUGCAAUGACAUACAUUGAGUUGUUGCAAAAUCUCCGAGAUGCAAGGGCUGCAGCGCAGUGUGCCUCAGCAUCAUUCCUCGAUGCCAUUCCUACUGACUAUCAAUUUGUCUCGACUUCGACUGCGACAUCAACGGAUGCCAUAUAUGCAAACAAUCUGUCCCAAACACGCAAGCUGGAAACCCAGUGA